GGAAGAGGCGGGCGGCCGGGCCAGUACGGAUCAAGCACUCGCUCUUCCUUGUAUUUCGGGCCAAUUCACCCAGCAGCAGCCUCAGGCCUGGGCGGAGCUUGGCCGGGCCUCCUCCCGCCCCUGCUCCUCCCAGAAGCCGAAGCCUGGUAAAGACAGCUCCGCCGGGGUGUUUCCUAGCUCAGUGCUCGCGACUCGCUAGCUGGUCGUCCGUCGCAGCUUGGCGUUCGGCUCCUUCUUCUGGUUGGAGCCCGGAGGAUGGUGCUGCCCAAGGAAGAGCGCGCCGCCAGGCUUUACCGGGCGCCGCCGGAGUUGGCGCGGGAGGCACAUGUGCCUUCCUUGGAAAAAUAUGGGGAGCUUUACCGCCGCUCGGUGGAGGAGCCGCAGGAAUUUUGGGGUGAUAUAGCCAAAGAAUUUUACUGGAGGACCCAGCACACUGGACCAUUUCUGCAGUACAAUUUUGAUGUUACCAAAGGGAAAAUCUUUAUUGAAUGGAUGAAAGGAGCUACAACUAACAUUUGCUACAAUCUCUUGGACAGAAAUGUUUAUGAAAAUAAACUUGGAGACAAGAUAGCAUUUUAUUGGGAAGGAAAUGAACCAGGAGAUUCCAUGAAAAUUACAUACAGUGAAUUGCUGAGCAAAGUCUGCCAGUUUGCCAAUGUUCUUCGGGAACAAGGUGUGAAGAAAGGAGACAGAGUUUCUAUCUACAUGCCAAUGAUAAUUGAGCUGGUGGUAGCUAUGCUAGCUUGUGCCAGAAUUGGAGCACUUCAUUCCAUUGUGUUUGCAGGUUUUUCAGCAGAAUCUCUUUGUGAGAGGAUUCUAGAUUCCAACUGCUCGCUUCUCAUAACUGCAGAUGCCUUUUAUAGAGGUGAUAAGCUGAUUAAUCUGAAGCAGAUAGCUGAUGAAGCCUUGCAGAAGUGUAAAGACAAGGGGAACCCUCUGGACAGAUGCAUCGUGGUUAAGCAUCUAGGAAGAGAAGAACUAGUUCAAGAUGGGCCAAGCAGCAAGUCUCCACCUCUGAAAAGAAUCUGUCAGAGUGUGCAAGAAAAAAAGACUGAGAGCUCAAAGAAAGUCCAGCCGAAGACUCCUUGGGAUCCAGAAGUUGAUCUUUGGUGGCAUGACGUCAUGAAAAAUGUGAGCAAGGAGUGUGAGCCUGUCUGGUGUGAUGCAGAAGAUGAAUUGUUUAUUCUCUACACCAGUGGAUCAACAGGGAAACCUAAGGGUGUUGUACAUACAAUAGCUGGAUAUAUGCUUUUCACGGCUGCUACUUUUAAAUAUGUGUUUGAUCACCAUCCUGAGGAUAUUUACUGGUGCACAGCUGAUAUCGGAUGGAUAACUGGCCAUUCUUAUCUCACAUAUGGACCCUUGGCAAAUGGGGCAACCAGCGUCUUAUUUGAAGGGCUCCCUAUUUACCCCGAUGUUAGCCGCAUGUGGAACAUCAUUGACAAGUACAAGGUGACCAAGUUCUACACAGCACCCACUGCCAUUCGCCUCCUCAUGAAAUAUGGAGAUGAGCCUGUCAAGAAGUACAGCAGGAAAUCCCUGAAAGUGCUGGGAACAGUUGGAGAACCCAUAAACCCAGAAGCUUGGUUGUGGUUUUAUAGGGUAGUCGGUGAAGAACGAUGCCCUAUAGUGGAUACCUUCUGGCAAACAGAAACUGGUGGUCAUGUGUUGACUCCUCUCCCUUAUGCCAUACCAAUGAAGCCAGGCUCAGCUACUUUUCCUUUCUUCGGGGUGGUCCCUGCUGUGUUGGAUGAGUGUGGGGAAGAGUUAGAGGGAGAAGCCGAAGGUUAUCUGGUUUUUAAACAACCCUGGCCUGGAAUAAUGCGCACGGUGUACAAAAACCACCAGCGCUUUGAGGCAACUUACUUCCACAAGUUCCCUGGUUAUUAUGUGACUGGAGAUGGCUGCAAGAGAGAUAAAGAUGGUUAUUACUGGAUUACAGGUCGAAUUGAUGACAUGUUGAAUGUUUCCGGGCAUUUACUGAGCACAGCGGAGGUCGAAUCAGCACUUGUGGAACACGUUGCCGUCUCGGAGGCAGCUGUAGUAAGUCACCCACACCCUGUGAAGGGAGAAUGCCUCUACUGCUUUGUGACUCUGAAGGAUGGACAUGAUUUCACAAACAACCUGAUUGAUGAACUGAAGAAACAAGUCAGAGAAAAGAUUGGUCCUAUUGCAACUCCAGAUUAUAUUCAGAAUGCUCCUGGUCUGCCCAAAACCCGCUCAGGUAAAAUUAUGCGGCGGGUAUUAAGGAAGAUUGCAAAAAAUGACCAGGAACUGGGAGAUACCUCAACGGUGGCAGAUCCAACAGUUAUAAACCAUCUUUUCAGUAACAGGUGUGAGACAAUCAUGUAGCAGGGCUAUCCUACAAAAACAGCAGAAGUGCAAGAAUUUGAUGAGGAUAUGGCCCCUAAGAGACAGUGACUUAAGAUGGGAAACUGCUGUGUGCUGAUCUGAAUGUAAAAUCCUGAAGAGAAGAAAAACUGGUGCUCCAAGAUAAAGUCCUUUUGUGUGGUAAAUCUAGCUUUGUGCCUCUGGAGCACUGUGUGUGUUAUUUUAUAGUCCAAAACUGCAUAUCUGAAAUUUCAGCCUCAUUCACACAAUAUUUCAAUUAUUUUUAUUUUUACAUGCUAUAAUUGGUGGAGCUUAGAACCUGCAGAUACUGGUGUGAAGAGGCUUUGCUUCUGGAGUUGUAGUUAUGAGCCUUCAAAAGGCUUGAGAAUAGACUAAGUAAUCCUCAUGUUGAGGCAGUAUUACUGAAAUACAUAUUUUAACAAUUAAGCAUUUUUUUAAAAAAAAAUACCCUGAAUACUCCAGCUGCAUGGCAUAGGAAAUAAGACAUUUUAAAGAAAACUGUCAACUAUGAAGCUGUGUAAAUUUAUUUUUCCAGUGUUAUCUCUGAUGAAAUAUAGGCUGGAAAGGAUUAUUAUAAUACUUUUUCAUCCCCCAGAGGAGUAACAAUAUCUACAUAUUUUAAUUUUCAAUAAUGCUUGCAUGCACAUGUUUGAAUUUUUGCAGUAUAUUCCAUGUUGGACGCAAAUUCAGUUGUUCUAGUCAUGGAAAGCUGUGCUCAGUGCCUGGAUAUUCCAUAGAGGGAGGCUCUUUUUUUUUUGCUAGAAAUAUUUGGUGCAAUGUCUAUACCAGUUGAAUCUGGGUAGGGAGGUAUAUCUAUUAUUUUCAUUAAUGGAUGAGAAGCAGAUGCUAUAGAUCCUAAAGGAAGUCAUUGUUAGUGUGACCAAUUUUUGUUCCAUAAUCACAUAAAGGAAAUAAAUACAUAUAUUCAGUCAGAGAUUCUGGACUGCUGAGAUGCAUUUGGUUAUACUGAUGAAAUGGCUUCCGGAUAUACUUAAAAUGAGUCAAAUUGUUCCUGCUUUCUCUAUGUGAUCAUUGUGUAGAUCAUGUGUGUGACCAAAGUCAAGCUGCUGCUCUUGUGAAAGAAAAAAAAGAGUGAAUGGCCACCAAAUUAAGCAGAGAUACCUUUUCUUCAGUUAGAUGACUUUAUCCAUAGUUCACUAAUCUUGCUUCGUCUUUAAGUUAGGGUGGUUCCCAUUCAAAGAGCAAAGGCAAAAUCAAAUAUAGUUUGAGAUCUGAUAUGGGUACUUAGAUGAAGAAAACAUAAACCCUUAAUCCUUACAGAUUAAAAAAUGUUUAUGAUGGGAACAGGCUUGUUUCAAAUUUGCCAAGAUAUUUCAGCACUUAUUGCUAUUCACCUGAGAAUGUCUCUGUAUUAGAAAUUGCUACUAUUUACUGUCUUAAACAUUUUUUUGCCUGUGAUAACCAUGUUGUUGCAUCCCUGAGAUGUCUGCAUUAUCCAUAGAACUGCUUAAAACUGUGUCAAAUUGUGUAUUUGAUUACUAUGACCAUCGCUUCAUCUUUGCUCACGGCUAUGUUUCUCAUUCUUUAAUCUGCUGGUGGUAGUCUACAUGUUCUUGUGAGUGAUCUGCAACAUUGGUAUGCAUAUAACUAUGUUCUACAGCACUGAUAGUAUGCCAGUGGCUUACUAAAUGCUGUUAAUACAAAUUCCUCUUAUUUUUGAUCACAGAAUGACAUAAAUAUGGCUGGGAAAUGGGAAAAAAUUGUUUUAAUUGGAAUAAAUUAAAGAAAUAAAACCUAUAACACAGUAA